AUGGCUGACGAGAAGGAAAAAUGUCCGGAUGAUCGAUUGGAAGAGCUGUACUCGUGGAUAUCCACGAUUCCGUUUUCGAAACCGAACAGGAACUUGACCAGAGACUUUUCGGACGCUGUUCUGAUGGCCGAGGUCCUCAAAGUAUAUUAUCCCCGUUACGUCGACCUCCACAAUUACGUGCCAGCUAGCAGCUUGUCCACGAAAAAAGAAAACUGGUCCAUCUUGAAUCGGAAAGUACUCAGUAAAAUCGAUAUGAAAUUGUCGAAAGAUGCGAUCAAUCAGCUGGCGAACUGUCAUCCUGGGACCGCCGAGCAAUUGCUUCUAGAACUGAGGGACAAGAUUUUAAAGAAUUCCGAGCAUCAGAAUUCGUCGUACAACGAUAAAGAGAUAAAUUCGAUCGACGAAGGAAAAGCAAAGGCCGACGCGUCUCAUGGCCAAGGCACAUGGGACAGCAGAAACGAAGAAGACGACGCCGUUCCCCGUCACGUAUGCACGCAACUCAGACAGGAACUACGGGAGAAGGACGACAUUAUCUGUACUUUAAAUCGCAAGGUCGAGUACCUAGAGAGCGCGAUGAAAGUGAAAGACCUGCGAAUAUCGAAUCUGGCGUCGCAGAUCUUGCAGAACGCCGUGGAGUCCGAGCAGCUCGCGAAAAUUCAAACGAACAACGACGGGCAGUCCAAGUCCCGGCUUCGAUUAAUAAAUAAUCGGGAGAGAGUCAAAGUAGAAGAAUAA